GGGGCGGGCGCCGGGAGCGGGCGGGCAGAGCCGGCUGCGGGGCGCGGCGCCCGGCCUGUCCCCGCGCCCAGGGCCGGAGCAGGCAGAGAAAAGAGAGGAAAAUGCGACAUUGCGGGAGAGCGAGGAGGAGAGGCAGCGGGGCUGCGCUCCGUGCUGCCGGCCUGUAGCAGCGACAACAAACAGGUGUGGCUUGGCGCUCCUGAGAAGUGCCGCACGCCGCUUCCCCCCCCGGGAUGUGUGAAGAUUAAGUGCCAAGCGCCAAAAUGAGCGUGACUUCGUGGUUCUUGGUGAGCAGCACUGGCAUUCGCCAUCGGCUCCCUAGGGAGAUGAUAUUUGUUGGCAGAGAUGACUGUGAACUGAUGCUCCAGUCCCGCAGUGUUGAUAAGCAGCAUGCUGUAAUCAACUAUGACAAGGAGAAAGACGAGCACUGGGUGAAGGAUCUCGGGAGCUUAAAUGGGACAUUCGUCAAUGAUGUGAGGAUUCCCGACCAGAAGUACAUCACCCUGAAGCUGAAUGACGUCAUUCGCUUUGGCUAUGAUUCAAACAUGUAUGUCCUGGAGCAAAUUCAACACAAGGUCCCAGAAGAAGCAUUAAAGCAUGAGAAGUACACCAGCCAGCUUCAGAUGAAUUUCAAAGGAACAGCGAUGAAGAGGGUGGAGCAGCCCAUGGAGCACGGUGUCUACGCUGAAUCCCCACAAGCAAAGCUGGAGAAAGGAGAGAGGAAGCCAAUUACAGAGACCAAUAGUUAUCGCACCCCUCUUUAUGGACAGCCCUCCUGGUGGGGGGAAGAUGAUGCAAACAACAAGGAGGACAGAAGGCAAGAAGAGCAUUACUCAGAAAGAUCAAAAGAGAUGUCCCAACAUGAAGAGGAACUGAAUGGUAAUAUUUCUGCCUAUAGAGAUUCCCAAGAACAGUCUGUGUUUGCCUUCCGGAGGGAGCCAAGUUAUUUUGAGAUCCCAACUAAAGAAUUUCAGCAGCCAUCAAAGUCUCCAGAAACACAGGUCCAUGAGAUCCCAACAAAGGAUAUUGAUGCCAUAGUAGCCCCAGUUGUGCAAAGCCAUGCCUCUUUCACCAUCGAAUUUGAUGAUGGAACCCCUGGUAAAAUAAAGAUAAAAGAUCACGUAACUAAAUUUUCACUCAGACAGAGAAGACCUUAUAGUAAGGAACCAGCUCACACAGAGGUGAUGUCAGCGGAGAGCAAGGUGGCUGACUGGCUUGUCCAGAAUGACCCAAGCUUGAUUAGACGGCAGUCUCCAGGGGACGAUGUGUACAGCACCAAGAGUGACGUGCCGGUUCACGCGAGGACGCUUAAAGGUUCCCGGUCGUUGACUGAAUCAAGUUGUGUGCCUUCACACCCGUUUCCUUCUCCAAAAAAAGGCAAUCGGCACGAGGACGGGACGCAGAGCGACUCCGAAGACCCCGUGGCACCCAAGGCGGAGAAGGAGCCAACGACGGGUGGCGAGCGGGUGAUGGAGCAAGCCAAGCUGCAGCGCCAGAUGAGGCGCGAUCCCCACGAGAUGCUGCACAACAAGCAGGCCUUUGUCAUUGAGUUCUUCGAGGACACGCCGAGGAAGAAGCGCUCACAGUCCUUCACGCACAGUGCUCACUCCUCUCAGAGCGACACCGAUCCUGGGCUCAAGACCAAGGUUGAGAAACGCAAGAAUGCGGUGCCAGCGGAGAAGCAGGGCAGCGUGGUGCCACCAUCCCAUGUUGGGACACAAGCAGGCAAAGCCACCAACAGCUCCUCUGGGACCCAAAGAGCUAGCUCCUUCAAGAGAGAGAAGACAGAGGAGCGAAUCAACUCUUCGUCCUCCUCUGCCUCCAGAGCAUCAGGCAAAGCCUAUGGGAGCGUUGGGAGGAAGUCUAAAAUUGCUCAGGAUUUUAUGGCUGAGUACCUGCGGGAGACAGCUCAGUCUGGGAAGACAGGCUCUGAGAAACCAGCACCUCAGCCUGUGCCAGCAGCCCCGCGUGUGGUCAUAUCUUCAGAGCCAGAGCCUGUCUCUGCUCCAUCUCCGGAGCUAAAGGCUGCCCAGGGCAGGAGGAAUGACGAGGAAGACAGCGUGAGCGAGACUGGCACAUACACCAUUGAGACAGAGUCACAGGAUAAGGAGGUGGAAGAAGCACGAAAAAUGAUUGAUCAGGUUUUUGGUGUUCUUGAGUCACCUGAAUUUUCCAGAAUAUCGUCAGCUUUUAGACCAGUAAUAAAAGGUGAAAAAGACGACUCUGGUUCUCAUCAGCAUUUAAUAAGUGAAAAUGGCACUUGUCAGAAGUCACCCUUGCUCCAAGCAUUUGCCUCAAAAGCUGUGAGUGGGUCUCAGGCUGACAUGCAGAUGUCUGCAGCAUCUCAAGGAAGUCAGAAGUGGGUGUCAAGGUGGGCGAGUCUUGCUGACAGCUACUCUGACUCUGGAUCUGUCUCAGGACAGGCUGAUGGAGCUACAGAAAGUGGUGUAGCCCCAAAAUCUGGGGAACCAGAAAAUGCUGUGCCCUUGAGAACAAGGCGUCUUCUUCCCCAGCUGCCACCAAGCGAUAAAUCAGAGAGCCCCACGCCCACAGUUCUGAUCUGCCAGGAGUCCUAUUCCGAGGUUACGAAGAGAACCAUUGUGAAGGAUCACUGUGUGGAAGCCCACAGUGAUCACAGCAGCCGCCUCUUCAUUCAGGAAGACUUAGAUCCAGAUAGCCUCAGUGAUGCCAGCAGAUCUGAUGAUGGCUUCAGCUCAGAAAAAGGCAGAAAGUACAAAGAGAACAAUAAAAUGCUAGAGCAGAUGGGGGAAGACACAAAACCAGAGAGCCGGCAGCCAGGAACCCCCCGGGUUGCAAAUGUGAGAGCUGUGAGUGAGACAGUUUCUACUUCGUUCUACAUUGGUGAUGACAGCGAUGACGUGGGGAUUCCCUCCAAGCUCUCUCUGAGCAUGGCCCACGCUCGAGCUGACAAAGAUGGAAAGGAUCAGGAAUUUUCCUUCAAGCCUACUGGCACACCUGUUCCUGGAAAGCCACUGGGCAAAGAUGUCAGUGCUUACAUUAACGCAGCAGGAAAAAUGGUUAUUUCCGUGCAUCAGAGUCCUCAAGAUCAGGAAAACAUGGCAGGAAAGGAAAUAGCUUUUGUUAGGCAGGAGAGUUUUACCAAAGAUAAAUCAAGCAGCGCUGUUCCUCAAAACAAACUUCCACAUAUUUCAAGUCACCCUCUGCUUAAAGAUUUAGAGGCUGUUCGGUCAACCCGUAUGGACUUUGGUCAGGACACUCAUCUUCUCCUGAAGGACACUGAAACUGCCUUGGCAGCUCUGGAAGCCAAAUUACUUGGUCAAAGCCAAAAGCUGGAGCCCUCAGAAACUGCUGGUCAGCUGGAGGACUCCUUGUCCGGUGACUCAGACGUGGACACAGCCAGCACGGUCAGUUUGGUGAGCGGCAAAAACGUCCCCACGAGUGCCCCGAAACGCAAAGCGGUCGCGAGUUUGCAGAAGGAGAAAUCUUCCUCCUCACCGUCCAUCCAGGACCAGUGUGGGCAGCCCAGUGCACGGGACAGGCUGACGGAGAAGCGGAAGGCCAACGUGCCGGAGGCCCCGAGGUGUGUGGAGGCCACCAAGCGCUUCCAGAUGAAGCGGAGUGCUGGGACUCGGGGGUCACUGGACUUUACGGAUGAUGAGAGGAGCUCAAGCCUGCCCUACUUGUCAGUCCCUGAUGCGGUGGUGUCUGACCAUGAGCACUCAGUGCCCCGGCCUGCUCCCAGAAGGAAGCCUUUUACUCAGCCUACCAAGGAGGAUCACAGCAAAACGACGGCGAACGUGCAGAAGAUCCAACAAGUUCUUACCCGCUCCAACAGCUUAUCCACCCCGCGGCCUACGAGGGCCUCAAAGCUACGUCGUGCCCGGCUGGGAGAUGCUUCAGACAACGAGUGUGUUGAUACUGAGAAAACGGCCUCCAACCCUGAAGCUGCUGCUCCAGGCUCCAAGCAGUCCACAGAGACAAAAAAGCUGUCCCGGCUUGACAUCCUCGCCAUGCCGAGGAAACGGGCAGGUUCGUUUACGGUGCCCAGUGACUCUGAGACGGCGCAGUCGAGGACGGGGUUUUCGGGCCGGAGCGUGGAGUCCUAUCGGAAGGCGACUGUGUCGGAGAUCCGAGCCGCAGCGAGGAAAACUGCAGCUGCUGCCUCCGCCAAGCAGCCGUUCAGCAGGACCCGCUCAAGCAGCGUCAAGUAUUCCUCCACGUCCACAUCAAGGCGGAGACCGCAGGGUUCAGAUUACACUUCUACUUCGGAGGAAGAAUAUGGCUCAAAUCACAGCUCCCCUAAACACAAACGCUCCCAUACUUCAACAGCCACACAGACGCCGAGGAUACGUGGCUCUGGGCUUGGCAAGCAGAAACACAACGGCAGAGAGACAGAUGACGAUGAAGACUUUGAUGACCACCCCGACCCCUACAACUUCAUGGCACAGACAGCAGAGAUAGCAGAAAUAGCCAGGCUGAGUCAGACCUUGGUGAAGGAUGUGGCUAUCCUUGCUCGAGAGAUUCAUGAUGUUGCUGGAGAUGGGGACUCGCAAAGUUCAUCAGGGACAGGACCAAGCACCUCCCACAGCUCUGUGCCCAACACUCCUGCUUCCACCAUAUCAGCAAGAGAAGAGAUUGCUCGUAGAUCUUUUCGGCUGGCAUAUCCAUCUCAGUUGGUGCAGCACAUUCCAGAAGCAAGUCUGAACUACCAGAAAGUGCCUCCGGGAUCAGUGGAACUGAAGAAUUUUGACCAAAAUAUGAACGAUAAUAGAGAAGAUGAUCUUUCCAAAAAAACAAGGACACGAAACCGUGAGGAGGUCAUCUUUGACAACCUGAUGCUGAACCCGGUGUCCCAGUUAUCGCACACAAUCCGGGAAAAUACAGAAAACCUAGCUGAAAAAAUGAAGAUUCUGUUUCAAAACUCAGAGAGGACCUGGGAGGAGAUGGAGGCCAAAAUUAACUCUGAAAACGAAGUGCCAAUUCUGAAGACAUCAAACAAGGAAAUCAGUUCUAUCCUGAAGGAGCUCAGGAGAGUUCAAAAACAGCUUGAAGUGAUAAAUGCUAUCAUUGACCCUACUGGAAACUUGGAUGUAGUUGCCAGCAACAAAGCAUCUUCUGCUGCUAAACAAUCAACAGCCACUAAAGUCAGGACUGCUAACACUUCUGGAUCCACACUGGAGACUUUGUCCCCAGCACAGAUGAGAAGCUACACACAGAAGUCGAACUGUGGGUCUUCUAGCUUGCAAGAUUCGAAUUUCAUUCCAGAUGGAGAGAAAUACGUGAUCUGAUAUUUUGUAUUGCUAUCAUAUUGUAAUCUACCGUAGUAUCGUGUGUGAGUGGUUUGUGGACAGUUUGUGUGGAGCAGUUGUUUAGAUUGCUAAUACAUUGCACAGAAGGAAAGAAUCUAUGCUGCGAGGGUGAAUGGCAAGUCUGUGUAUGCCUUUGAAUCAAGACUAGCACUGUGGAGCAGCACAUGUUCAGCAUAGAGGCAAACUGAUUGUUAACAAUUUACUCACUCUUCCAGUGUGCCAUAAGCAAACAGGCUUUGCGUACCCUCCUUUCAGUACUGCCGAAGCACGAGUGUUCUUGCAUCAGCCUGUUCAUAAUGGUUCAGUUGUAACGAGGCGCAAUUUCAGAAACACUUCUUUGGGUACUAGGUUUGGUUUGGGUUUGUUUGCUUUGUUGUUUUAAUUGUGUAAGUGAGCAUUGCAGCUCUGUUGGAAUCAAAGUGCAGAUCCAACAGGACGAUGGUGCAAUAUAGUGGGUUUCUAGGAGAAACUCUCACUACAGUUCUCUAAGAAGUCCUCAGCAGUCUCAAAAAGGCAACCACACUCAAGUUGUACGUUUAUAUUCUCUUUUUUCAGCCUCCAAACUAAAACAAGACAUAACGAUCCCUUUGGUUUUCUUUCUCCUCUUGGUAAAGUGUAAGAGUUAUUCAUUGUGUGAAGGUGAAGACUACUAAUACAGUUGCUAUUUUUGAUGUUUCAGUCCCAACAUUAUUUGUAGGUACAAAAAGUCGAAUUACAGUUUAGCUUGCCAAAUUUUCGGUACCGUUGCUGUCUUUACAGAUUGAAAAGAUUUGCUGUACAAUCUUUCACAAUGAGCUACAAAUGCUCCUGGCUGGGCCAAAGACUGAGAUGUUUGUGAUUUAGCUAAUUGUUAAGAGAAACAUCUGUUCCAGUGGCUCAUGUAAUAAACUUAAUUGCACAGCUGCUGUGAACUAGUAUUCACUUGAUGGCACUCAAAAAAGAAUGGCAUAAAUGUAGCUCCUCCUUUAUGGCUAGUUCUGCUAUGAAUUUUUUAUUCAAUGCAAAAGUGCUUGAAAAACACCAUUCUGUGCUAUUCCUUAGAAACUAUCUGCCAGCAUCAAGCACUUGGUAUAUUUGGGAUUUUUGUCUGGAUUUUGUCUGUUUUUUUUGUCAGUCUCCUAGACAUUAAUGAGUAUUACGUACCGUUGCACUAAGCAAUUUCUUGUUGAAAAAGCACUGCGUUUUGUAUUCAGCCUUUCAGUUACACUGCAAAACCCGAAGCAGUUUUGUUGCUUUAAGAACAAAAGGUUUGGUUUUUUGAGGGGACCUCUUCCAGGUGUGUUUGCUCCCAGUUUUUUCCAUCCUCUAGUAAUUCCUUUGUCAUACUUCCUGGUCCACAAGCAGUAAUCAGGUAGAGAAAUCCUUCCAUAGUCAUGGAGGAAACGUUUGCUGGGAAAGGUGAGCAGAUGAGUUCCACUUUGCCCUCAUACAGUGUGUAGUUUAACCAGUGAAAAUGGAAUCCCAAGCUUGACUGCUGCUUCUUGUGUGCCGACUUUAUAUUUUGGGGUGGUAGUGGAUCCCUUAGUUAGCUUCAGUAGUUACCUGAGCUUUUCUGCUAGAAUGUCGUGAAAGUGGGAGUCAGCUAAAAUAAUUUCAAUAAGUAGGGAUGCUCACAAAGUCUUUAAUCUUACUAGCAAGGAGCAUGAGGGCUUUCCUGGUGAAGCCACUGGGAACUUUCAGUCUAUUUCAGCAGAAACAGAAUCGGUCCCGUGAUGGGAGGAUGCCAGCAGGCCGUUAGCUUCUCUUGACUGUGCAGGAUGCUGGCUGGCAAACAGUAGGUUCAGAUACCCUUCCAAGAUCUCCAGCAGGUUAUAAGACUCAUCUGCUUGUGUGAAAAUGCCCUUCCAUGAAGAAAUCUGCUGAAUUUCGCAUAAAUGAAUGCAGAAUAAAAGGGAAAAGAAUUUGCCCUUGAUGUUCUUCUGCCUGUAAUAUACGCACUGUAUCUUCUUCUGCCUGUAAUAUACUGAAUGUGUUCAUUUGGUUGUUUUCUCUGAUCUGUCUUUUCUUGAGAUGCCUGACUGUGUCCGUGAUAAAUAUCCUACGUGGUGGUAUUGUUCCUGACAUAUGGCACGCAUUUGCAGGCCCUUCUUUGUUAGGGCUCAGUGUGUCCAGGUGCUACCCCAACUCACUAGGAGUUGAAGGACCUUCACAGAUAAGGUGUUGCUGUUAGUUUCAGUUUUGCUAUAGAAACACAUGGAUUACUCAAACAUCUGACUUCUCUUGUUAACUACAUUUCUGCAUCUUCAUGGCUACACUCUAGUGGAUUUUAUUUCUCUGCAACACAUCCUUGAUGUGACUUCUGUUUACUUUCACUUGAAAAUUACUUGAUUUUUCCUCCUUUGGUGAACACGUCAGGAAUGGAUUUUCUUCCUUGAUUGCUUUGCUCUGAAUUGGAGAGAGAGCCUGCAGCCAGCUGACAUCAGCCCACCAACUAUGGGACCUCUUCCAGUACAGGAUGCAGCAGUCCAUGUCUGCUUACAGAUCGGACGUGUGUGUGAAGGGCUGGGGUGAGAUGCACAGCUUGACUUAUUUGUGACUCAGCCAAAAUACACAAUGCUUCUGUGUGCUGACACAGUGUUCAUGCUUGGAUCUUUGCAUUCAGAACAGUCUUGUUAGUGAUGAAAUGCAACCAGCUUUUUCUUGUAUUUCAGAAGUGGCGAACACAUACAGCCCAUAAGCAUUUGUCUGCUCCGAUAAGCCAAAGAGCUAGCCACACAACUACAGCUCCUUUAUCCUUUGUUCAUUCUUAUAGUGAGCAUGGCCAUGAAAACACACCUCUGUGUGACUGCAGUGUAACUCCCCAGGUGCAUCCCACUGCCCAGGCUCAGUGUGCAGGAAACCUGACUGCUUUGGUGAGCCAUGCGUGGGCCGUGUGUGCGACUUGGGGGGGCAGCCUGACCUGUGGGUAGUUCUCAUACCAUUUUGCUUUCGUGUGUUUUGUAUCUGACUCAAGAAAUGUAACAAAGGGUGGGAUUUUUCAGAGCCGCAGGGAAGCGAGUGCUCCGGCCCUUUGGGGUUCCCAGAGGAUUUUGGGUGCCUGAUGCCAUGAGCACCUUUCAAAAUCCCAACCCUGGGUUCUUCCGCUAUACUUGAAAACCACGUUCUCAGUUCAACACUUUCAAAUGUAAAAACCUGUUCUUUUGUUCUGAUGGAAUGAAUGUAAAGUCCUGCGAGAAUGUGUAGGAGCUUUGCGAGCGAGGACCUUAAUUUACCUACAGCCAUGUCCUGUUGUGGUCGUGCUCCAGGAGAAAGGAAGUUUGUGUCAUCUUCGAGUACUUUAGUAAGGGUAAAACUAGUGGAAUGUUAGCCUCCAGCCUACUGGGAAGGAAAAAAAAGGAGGAAAAAAAAAAAAGGAAGAAAAAAGUGUAAAUAAGUGCAAGAUUCUACUAGUUUCUCUUGUUUUGCAGAUCACAGUAGCUAUUUUUGAAGUUGGGUAAAUGUGUAUAACUUUUGCAAAGAGCAGGCAGAGCUACCUGUCCACGUCUGUGUGCCCCGUGCUGAAUCGUGCCUAUUUCACUUUCUGCUGUCGUUAUGCUGCUGAUUCUGCUCUUCUGAACUGUUCACUGGAUCAUUCCAUUUGCAUGCAGCACAAAUGCAAGCUGAGCUGUCUGAGAGUAAAGCUGAAACACGUCGGUAUAACUUGAACUGAGUAAUGACUUUCUCUUUUCCACGCCCUCUUGAAAUGCUGUGUACAACUUUGAUUUGUUUCUCCUACCCCGAUUUUUUUUUCUGCUUUUUUUUUUUUGAACGGUAAUUUAUUUUUGUUUGGAUUCUAGGCAGUAUCUGUACAUUUUGUUCCAAGGUGAUAUUGUGGAUGUCUUUAAAGAAAAAAAAAUAAAGAAAUUGUUAUUUUAUAUAAUUUUAUCAUAAAGUUGCUCUAAUAAAUCAUUCUUUUAUCAUGUGACACUA